UGACGACUCAGAUCAGGAAUCAGACACCUCGAAAACUGGUGCUGGUGAGAAUGCAGACAUCUAUACCCCAAUGCAGGUCGUCUUUCCUGUGGGUGAUAAUCCUCAGAUGGUUCCAAAGAAGUGUCCCCUUCCAGCUACUGCUGCCGCAUCUUCGUCUAGCUCUCGUUUGGUUCCCUCUGCUCAUGAACUGCUUGCUCUGGCCUCUAGGAAGAAAAGAGUCUCUCCUCGACUAGCUUCCACUCCCCAGAAGUUUCCCAAGUUAGCUGUUGCUGCUGAAACCAAACCAAACGUACCGCGCCCUCACGAGGUCAAAGCAGUUCUGACCUCCAAGCCAUUGGAUGUAAAGGUGUCACUUUCCCCUGAC